AUGGCAAUUCAACUACCUUCAGAGGUGCAAGGCACCGCCGCCGGAGUGCUGGUCUAUUCGUUUAUUGCUUUGAUAUGUAGCGCUUUGGUAGUCUGGUUGACCUGGACGCAUCAAGAACGUACAAGCUAUAUUGCGCUUAUCAGCUACCUACUUCUAUUGAGCACUGCGACAUGCAUUGCUUCACAAUUACACUACUAUGUCAGUUUCGAAGACGUGAUGGCGGCGCAGUGGAAGGCGGCAAUUGUGAACCCCAACAAUCCGGAGACGAUAAUAUCGAACGGGGCAGUGGGAAUAGAUCUUGGUCUGUGGUACUUUAGGCAGUAUGCUUUUUCAGCAGCAGCAAUGGCCUUUUCUCUUGUACAGUCAGUGUACGGUUGGGCUGCGAGGCCCCAACUGAAGACAUUACUGAAAAGAAUUAAUGCCAUUGUGAUGAUCAGCCUCGCAGGCGGGUGUCUCCUAAUGCUGGCCAUACUUAUACGGUACAUCCAGAGUCGCAGACAACUAGUUGCGUGGAGCAUGAAAUACGGAAAUUCAGUUUCACGCGGUUCAUCCUUGGCUCAGCAGUCAGGAGCUCCGCGACAGAGAUUCAACGGGAUCUACGAUCGCUGGCUCAUGACACGCUUCACGAUCGCGUUUGUUGUACUUAGCAUAUUCGAGCUCACCAACAUGCUUUUCCAGUUUACCGGUAUGAACAACAGCAACAAGGAUGCCACGAGGGGCUCACCAGACUUGAGUGCCGAGCGCGGGAAAGAAACAACAAUACUCUUUCUCCCCGGUCCGGCCCCGAGCUUCCUUCUGUUCAUCGUGUUUGGGACCACGACACCGUUCCGCAGAUAUAUGUACGCCACGUUCGUCCCCACCAAGUGGCAGAAAAUAUCGGAUGUUGUUGAAGAGAACGAAGAGUCUGCUAUGCCUUCCAAAUGCACGAAGGGUUCCACAGGCCGUAUACAUAGCAUCGCAAUAUCGAGCCCAUCGAGGCCUCACCACACAGCCGACAUACAUAUGACAGACCUAGAGAAAGGAACCAACAGACUCCCCAAUGGUUCGGAUGACAUCCAAGACUCGCUCGCAGAACCAGAACCGGCAUACUACCGCGUACAUAUCAGUAGGAUGAGGAGACCUGACGGUUCAGAGUAG